CUCUCUCUCUCUCUCUCUCUCUCUCUCUGUCUCUCCCUCCACCUUUCCUGACUCCUGCAGCUUGGCACAACUCGCUCUCUCUGAAAACAUGGCCAAGGACAUGACUCUGUUCUGGGGCUCCGGCUCUCCCCCCUGCUGGAGGGUGAUGAUCGCUCUGGAGGAGAAGAACCUGCAGGGCUACAACAGCAAACUGCUGUCCUUUGAGAAAGGCGAGCACAAGUCAAAGGAAGUCAUGGAGGUCAACCCGAGGGGUCAGCUUCCUGCCUUCAAAGAUGGAAAAGUUAUCAUCAAUGAGUCCUAUGGGAUUUGCAUGUACCUGGAGGACAAGUAUAAAAACCAGGGAAACAAGCUGAUCCCUGAAUGUCCAGAUGAGAGGGCAAUGAUGUACCAGCGCAUGUUUGAGGGCCUCACACUCUUCCAGAAACUGGCACAAUCACUCUUCUACACACGCUAUGUUCCGGAGAACGAGCGACACGACUCUGCCCUGGAGAGGAACACAAAGGAACUGAAAGAUGAGAUCGGGCGAUGGGAGGGAUACCUGAAGGGUAAUUUCCUUGCUGGAGAGCACUUUACAAUGGCUGAUGUGAUUGUUUACCCAGUCAUCGCUUUCCUCUUCCGCUUUGGAUUAUGUGAGGAGAAAUAUCCUAAACUGGCCGCUUACAAUAACACUCUGAAGGAAAGACCCAGCAUCAAAGCUUCCUGGCCCCCUACCUGGAAGGAGGGACCAGGAAUGGACACUCUGAAGAACCUCUGAGCGCCUUCUGUCCACCAUGUCCUCAUUUGUAACUACUCCUGAUGUAGAAGCUAAAGCAUCGGCUUUUUCUGCAUGAGGCCACUUUUCAAAUAUUUGUUUGUAAUUUACUCUACAGAAAAUGUUUUGUGCUGUGAACAAAAUAUUAUUAAAUAAGGUUUAAUGCCAUGUU